UGUCCACAUGCGACGACAUUGAAAACGAAGCGGCCACGCAUUCUCGCCGCCGGUUUGACUUUCUCUGCCACCCAGACAGAGGAGAUUUGAGAUACCCAUUGCACUCACCUUGACGGUGAUUCAAGCGACUAAAAUUCACGGCAAUUAACCAUACCACAUAUUAAUCUCCAGGAAAGCCGUAUCGACCGUCAAUCGCCGAGCUGACUCGCAAGAUUGGCUCCCGCGAUUCACUUGUUUUCGGCCUGGAGCUGAUCCCGAGCUUGACGCCAACAUGGCAGCAGAUGCCAGCAAGAAUGGCUCCGCCAAAAAGACGCGGUCGCCGAGGUCAUCCAAAACCCUCAGCAGCAUGAAGCCACCGCCAACAGUCCACAGCCCGGUCCUGAAGCCGUCGAGUAGAACAGCGUCAAGAUCCGGUGGGUUUCUAUCUCGGUUGGUAGGCUUGUCGAUGAGAUUGUUCGCCUGGUAUGCAAUCCUCACCGUACUCUUUCGGUGUCCGCCAUCUCUCGACCACUGCACCGAGACGACACCUACCGUCUGCGUCGGCUACUUCCAGCUUAAGCACAUCGUUGUCCCCCACGUCGAGCCCUAUUACAACACAUACGCUGCGCCCUAUGUUCAAACCGUCAGGCCCUACUACGAAGCUGCGGAUCGUACUGUUCUGACUCCUGCGUGGGGAUAUGCUCAGAAGUACGGAACCCCUGCCGUUGAGAAGGCACAGGUUGUGGGCAAGGCGCAGUGGGAAAAGAAUGUACAGCCGCACCUGGUUCAUUACCGAAAGCUGGCCCAAGCCAAGUAUGAUGACACACUAGCGCAGCAUGUCAACCAGGCCCGCGACACCUUGGGCCCAUACUAUGAGAUUGCACGCACGAAUGCGCUACAGACAUACCACGACGUAUUUCUGCCCACGUACCAGUAUGCUCAGCCUUACGCUCUUCAGGGUUACGCCGCCGCCUCGGCCUUCACGACGCGCCACGCCGUCCCCACUGCUAAAUGGGCAUGGAACAAAACCUAUGCCUUCCUCGAUGGCACGGUGUGGCCUCAGCUUCGCAUUCUCUACACGGAGGCGGUCGAGCCGCAGUUGGUCAAGAUCGGGAGGCGACUUGGCAGGUACAACGGCACUGGUGCAACACAGAAGGCCUCGGAGACAAUCUCCAAGACGAUUGCGAACAAGGCCACUUCCUCCUUCACCAAGCCGACAAUCUCGUCAUCUUCCACAUACUCUGCCCCUCCUAUUCUCAGUUCGGCAAGCUCCUUUGUCAGCUCCGCCGCUUCUGUCGUCAGCGAUUCGAUUUCAUCCGCCUUGAAACCUGCGGCCACGCCCUACUCCAAAUUCAGCGAGACCGCUGAACAGGUCGAGGCUCCCGAGCCCGAUGACGACGAGGAGGAGAAGCGUCGCAUUGCCCGCGAGACCGUUGCAGAGGAUCUUAAGGCUUGGCAGAUGAAGUACACCAAGGCGGCGGACGAGGGUGCCGCCGAGAUUCAGGAGCGAGUCGGUGAGAUUGCUCAUCAGAUGGUGUCGCGUGAAAUACGUAUUCGUGGCGCAGGGCUGCUUAAAAGCCUGCAGGACACAAUCGUCUCCGAAUUGGUUGCAAUUCGCGGCAAGAUUCACGACGUGGUUGGCUCGGUUCAGAAGGCCCAGGCCACGCCUGAACAGGGCGAGGAACAAAUCGUUCGGAUAAUCCGCGCUGCUGGCCUUGAAAUCAAGAAGAAGGCUAAAGAUGUGCGAUCGUGGCAUGAGGCUUUUGACAUCGACGUCCGCACCCAGGUUACGGCCGCUGCAGAUAGCCAUUUCGAAAUUCUCGGCUCCAUCAAGGAUCUUGCGCUGCAAAAGAUUGGCAUGAAGUGGGCUUGGACCGAUGGCAUCACCUACAAGGACUGGGCCAAGUACCACCUACUCAGAAGCCGGUUCCUGGAAUGGGAGCAGGACAUGGAGAAGCUGGUGGUCUCGCACCCGGGUCUGAUCGAGUGCCAGAAUGAGGGACAGGCAAUUGAGGAUCGAGCCAUGGAGCUGGCUACCUCGGCCGCCAAGGAACUUGCUCGAUUGAAGCAGGUGGCGAUGUGGAAGCUCGCUGCUCUAGACGACACGGAUGAUUUUGACAGCGAGACCACGCAGGCCACCUAUGACGCCAAGCAAAGGGCUAAGGCGAAUGGUGCCGCCUCGAAAGAACGAAAUGAGGCGAGCAGUGCACAGCAAGCGGCUGUAGACAGUGAUGUCGCAGAGAACCCCGAGAAGGUUCUCGAGAAUGAGGCGGCGUCCUCUACUAGCACCACGCCAGCUGGCGAGACUGACGUUGAGGGUGCCGUUGCAGCUGAUGUGUCGAUGGACUCGUCGAAGGCCGCAGAUGCAGUUUCUUCGCUUAGCUCGGCUUUCUCUACUGCAUCAGAGAACAUAGCAAGCGCUGUCGAGGAAACCAACACGGCAUCCCUGCCUUCUAGCGCGGGGUUCUCGGCCUCGCGAGAAGAGAAGACGGCUGUUGCCGAGCCGGAGCCAGAGCCACUGGUAUCUGUUGAGGCUAUGCCGGCACUUCCUGAAGUGGUGGCCAACAUUAGCGAAACCACGAAGCCUGAGGCUGGAAAUGCAGAGGAGCCUGUGCCCGUCAAGCUUCCGGAGAGUGAGACUGCCAUGGACGGGAAGCUCGAGGAGCCCCAGAACGACAAGUCCGUCCCGGUUAAGAAAGACGAGGAAGCCACCGGAAACAUCUUUGUAGAAGCUGCGGACCAAAAGGCCGACGAGGAGGCCUCGUCGCCACCUCCGAGUCAAAAGAUAGAAAGCGUCAAACCGGCAAUGUUUGGUGCCGCCGCCCAAGCUGUCCCCAGCCGGAAGCCAAUCCUUGAUGACGACACUGUGGAAUCGCUGAAGAAGCAUGGUGGGGAUAUACCUGCCACUCUGUCGUCUGUGGCUGCCUCGGCCUACUCAGUUGCGCUCUCCCGUGCGUCGGUACAGUACGAGUCGGCCGUCAAGAUCAUCUCGGACAGCAUGCCCAAGGGCACAGCUCAGCCGAUGCAUGUUUCGCUUUUGUCGUCCGUAUCGGACGCUUAUGGCAAGGCCGUCGCCUCUGCCAGUGCUCAUCUGGACGAGGCUAUCAAGUCAGCCGAGAGUCUGUAUGGCGCAGCAUCCAAGAAGGUUGCGCCGACGCCUACGCCCACCCCUUACCUGGAUUGGGCUGCCGUUGAGUCAAUUGCUGCUGAGCGCCUGAGCCAGGGUCGCAGUUGGGCCGAGGAACAGUAUUCGAGUGCCAAGGUUGCGAUCGGUGCCGCAACCCCCACGCCCACUUCUCCGGUCGAGAAGCUGAUGCAGAACGCCCAAUACAACUACUACGCCGGCUUGGGCGUCGCCCAAGCCCGCUACACCGAGUUCCUCUCGGCAGCGUCGGCGGCCUUCAGCUCCAUGACUGCGACACCUACCCCUACCGACAUCCAGGGUACCAUGUCGUCUGUGGCUUCAGUUGCUGGCGAGUCGGCUGCAUCAGUUGCCUCGGUCGUUGGCGAGAAUGCUUCCUCUGUUGCCUCGGUAGUUGGCGAGAAUGCCUCUUCAGUUUACGACGCCGCGGGUAGCGCCAUUGGGGCUGCAGGUUCUGCUGUGUCGGAAAAUUGGGAGGCGGUCGUCAGUGACCUCAGCUCGAGGGUGUACGGUGUGCCGGCCCCGACCCCCUGGUACGAGGGCUUGUACAACGCCGCCGGUGAGUACGUGGCUGCUGCUACAGACGCCGUGAACCUGGGGACGCAGACAGAAAAGAAUGCAGCGGCCAAGGCGACGGAUGAGGCGGCAAAACAGUAUGCUGUCGUGAGUAGCAUUAUCUCGGAGCUCAUUGUGGGCCGUGAGCCGAGUUUCUCGGAGAGCAUCUUCUCACGCUUGGGCGACGCUUACAACCUCGCCAGCGCCACAGCCGCAAGUGUCGCUGGUGAGGCCACCGAUGCUGUCAAGAGCGCAGCUGAAGCCGGGAGGCAAAAGGUGGAACAGGUCAAGGAUGAGUUGUGAUGUUCUCAAUCUGUGUUAAUAAUGGAAGCGUUGGGUCCUAAGGCGAGAAAAGGAUUUGAGGUUCAGGGCAAUGAUAAUAAAUAAAAGCUCGUGUUGAUUAGGUUGGGAGGGCGACAGGUAGCGGUAAGCGACGAAGGUAUGUAUGCAGAUUAAGCACGUGUUAAGAUAUUAUCGCUUCUCUUUUUUUUUCUUCUUUUUUUUGAUCUCUUUUCUUUCCUAAUUCCUCCUUCCAUUUAUGCGACUAGUUUGGAGAGUCGAUAGCGAGCGAUCGAUCAUCUUGUCUCGUUAUUUUCUCAACGUAGCUUCUUUUCCUUUUGUUGUACCGCUUCUUGAAGUUUAUUGUUUCCUCGGCUCACGUGCUCUUUAUUUCCAUUCACUUGUUGCAUUUCCCAGCAAAUCAGUGACAUGUUGCAUCUUGUUGGUUGUAUCUAUCUUUGACAUUGAACACUCACCAUAGUCAGCCAUUUUGCAGCCUUAUUUCGCCCAAGGAAGUGAGAAGCAGUGCUAAGUUUAGUUGAGAAUCUCUACUUACUAAGGCUAAAACAUCCAAUCGGCAAUGGACGGUUGCAGUUGCACUCUGACAGUAUAGGCUUCUGAUGCGGCUGAAUAAAAAAAAUAAAAAAGAUUUAAACGGUAGCGAGCCCUGGUGCAAGAUGGCGCUGCCAAAGUACUAUCAGUGGCGGAUCGCUGAUCCAGGGACGAGCGGGUGCUCUGCAAGCCAGCCAGCGGGGGUGUUUCAUACAGAAAAUAUGCAGAGCUUGAACAAGCAGCCCGGAAAGGGCGGGAUGGGAUCCGGCAGGGUCCGAAUGAUGCAGCGAUCCGUCCAUCGGAUCGAAGAAAGAUGGGAAAGCAUCUUGUGUGGCACCUCUACGCAGUAAAAACACUCUGGACAAAAAUCUCUCCCAAGACCAUCUUUACUCCAAACGAACCCUUUAAGCAGUAGACCAAGGGAAGGACAAAGACAUGAAUAAACUCCCACAUCGGGACCGAACGCUACGGGCGGGCGCAUGCAGCAGCUACCUAUGGGUUUAAAAAAAAAUAGGGGGUGUCAAAAAAAACCAAUACAAGAACGAGACCGAGUGUUGUUUACACGAAAGCAUUUUUUUUUUUUUGGGUUGGUGGGCAAGCUCCGUCGACGCGUAUACGCAUGUUGAAAGACGACAUGGGAUGACCGUCAUGGAUAUCUCUAGACUAGUCGGG